AUGAACCAGCCGCCAGCGCCUCCUCCUCGCCGGAAUGUUGCAAAGCUGUUCCGUCGGCAGAAUAGCUUUGCUGGCUUCCCAAGUGCUGCACUUAGCAUUUUCAAUAACAAUGCUAGCAACAAUAACAAUAACAACAACAAUGGGAAGAGUUCAAGUAAGCCUGUGCCGACGCCAGCGUCUACUGCUCCGGAGACAUCAACUACAGAUUCCUCAACAGCUCAGACAUGUACUGCCUCGGGAGCCGCAUCUGUGCCCACUUCAGCAGCACCUCCUGUGUCCGGGCCAUCGUCCUUGCCCAUGUACCAGCCUCCACCGGCUGCCAGUAGGCCACCCACUGGGUUCUAUUCUCUCCCGAGACACAACCGGCCUGGCUACCUCACACGGAGUUUAGGCAUAGGGUUUCACCUGCUGGCCAGAACACCACAAGGAGGGUCUUCAGGUCCCACAGCGGCAGAGCAACUUGGAAUCAAUACACCUUCGCUCCCGAAGUCUCAUCGGAGAAAUCUUAGUGAAGGAAACAAUGGGGAAGCCAAGCCCUUGUCAGUAAGUUCUCUCACCCGUAAAGGUUCCUCCAGCAGGGAUGCUCAGCAGUCUGGAGGAGAACCGAAGCUCAAGUCAUCCUCCUCAUCUUCAAAGCGAAGCAGUAGGGAUGGGGGUGAUGGCAAACCACGGCGUCGAGACCCGGACUACCAGACUCUUCCUCGUCGUUCAGCCAAGGAUGCAUCUUCAAAACGAUCUCCAAAGGAGGGAGACGCAAAGGGACAAUCAUCAAGGAGGGAGGUCGAGACGAAAUUCAGGUCUCUCCCCAGAAGGCAUGAAGGUGAGGCGAGGUAUCAGGCCAUUGGCAGGAGUGACCCCAAGUACCAAUCCCUUCCUAAGAGGCACAGCAGUGCAGAGACCAGGUUCACAGCUGUUCCUAAGAAGCGGGAUGGUGACCCUACACCUCCACCGAGCUCCUCACCAAAAAGACGUGUUGGAGACUCAACUCACUCAUCCUCAUCACCAAAGAGACGAGAAAGCCUUCCAAAUUACAUACCGUCUUCACCAAAGAGAAGAGACACAGGACCAGAUCAUGGGCAUGCACCACUUUCGCCUAAAAGACGCGACACAAUGCCCAGUCAUAUGCCAUCAUCCCCAAAGAAGGGUGAUGCCGCCCCAUCUGUCUCGCCCAUAAAACACGAGAUGUCAGUAGAGCAGCAGACACCUAAGCAGCAGGAGGUAGUGCAAGGGCCGCAGCAAACGAUGUCACCCAAGAGACGAGUUUCUGAACCCAAGUACCAGCAAAUCACACCGAAGAGGUAUGACUUUGAUCCUAAAUAUCAGGUUCUGCCGACCACAGGGAUCGAUGGUGAGCCUACAUACCACAUUCAUCCUCCAAAACGACCGGAUGUGGAGCCGAAAUAUCCGGAAUUGCCGCCCAAACGGUACGACAUCGGUCCCAAAUACCAAACACUGCCUCACAAAAGAUAUAAUUAUGAUUCCAAAUAUCAUUCUGUACCACAUCCCCUCCCGAGGCAUGACAUAGAAUCAAAAUAUGAAACUGUCCCUUUAAAAAGACAUGACCAUUUUGACCAAAGGUACCAUCGAGUGUUACCACCAACUGUAGAUCUAAGAUACCAUCCUCUCCCUCCACGUCGGUGUGAUCCUGGUCCAAGAUACCAGACCAUACCACCAGUGAGGCAUGACGUGGAGCAUAGACAUCAUUACAUUCCUCAUCCGAGGAAUGAUGAAUCAAAAUUUCAGCCUAUUCCAAUGGGAAGGCCAGAUCUUGAACCAAAGUACCAGCCACUACCAGCCCCUAGACCAGAACUAGAACCAAAGUACCAGCCGCUACCAGCCCCAAGACCAGAACUUGAACCAAAGUACCAGCCGCUACCAGCCCCAAGACCAGAGCUAGAACCAAAGUACCAGCCACUACCAGCUCCAAGACCAGAGCUAGAACCAAAGUACCAGCCUUUACCAGCACCCAGACCAGAUCUAGACCCAAAAUACCAACCAUUACCAGCUCCUAGGCCAGAUCUUGAACCAAAAUAUCAGCCACCACCAGCUCCUAGACCGCAUUUAGAGCCAAAGUUCCAGCCUAUACCAGUCUCAAGACCAGAUUUAGAGCAAAAGUUUCAGCCCAUACCUGCCCCGAGACCAGACUUAGAGGCAAAGUUCCAGCCCAUACCAGCCCCUAGACCAGAACUAGAGCCCAAGUUCCAGCCCAUACCAGCCCCUAGACCAGAACUAGACCAGUUACCCACCUACCAGCUCCUAGGCCAGAAUACCACUGCACCACCUGCCGACCGACCUGAUUUAGAAUCUAAAUAUCAACCCCUUCCACCCAGACGGCCAGACCAAGAGCCUAAAUAUCAACCACUGCCACCAGGAAGGCCCGAUCUAGAACCAAAAUACCAACCGUUACCCCCUAGGCCUGAUAUAGAACCGAAAUACCAGCCAUUACCUCCUAGGCCGGAUAUAGAACCAAAGUACCAAAUGCUACCACAUGAACGGCCAGAUAUUGAACCAAAGUACCAGCCACUGCCACCCAAACGUCCUGACAUAGAACCAAGGUACCAUCAGCAUAUGCCACCAGGUCGACCUGACGUUGAACCAAAAUACCAGCCCUUACCACAGAGACGACCAGACAUAGAACCCAAAUACCAGCCACUGCCUCCAAGACGACCUGAUAUAGAACCCAAGUACCAUCCACCUCCCUUGAGACGCCCUGAUAUAGAGCCAAAAUUUCAACCGCUUCCUCCACCGAGGCCAGACAUUGAACCGAAAUAUCAGCCUUUACCCCCUAGGCGACCUGACAUUGAGCCAAGUUUCCCUCCACAGCUUCAGAGACGACCAGAUAUAGAACCAAAGUAUCAGCCACUACCACCAAGACGGCCUGAUAUAGAACCCAAAUUUCAGCCUCCACCUGUAUCAUCAGGUCGGCCUGAUCUGGAGCCAAAAUAUCAGCAAAUGGUACCUAAAACUCAUGACUAUGAGUUCCAGCCUAUACCUUGUGUAAAACCAAGCUACGACCCCCGUGAUCCAGCCAUGGCGCCGAGGAGAACAGACUAUGCUUUCCACACCAUCCCAACCAUACGCUCUGAGAAUGAGCCCAAGUUCCAGCCAAUGCCAAUAAGGAGACCAGAAGUAGAAAGAAUACCUUUCUCUAUUCCAGUUAGUGUGGACAGCAAACCUCCACUGGAUUUGCCAAAACCAUACAAUGGUGACCCCAAAUUCCACACAGGUCCACCAAGGCCUACUGAGGCUCAGCCGGGAUUUCAGAUGGUUCCUCCAAGGACAAGAAAUGGGGAGUCUACCUACCAGACAGGUCCCCUGAAGGUGCAAGUGACAGAGCCUCACCUUAGGCAGAAUGAGGCUCCUUUGUAUGAAACUUUGCCAGCUAAGCUUCACACUUCUGAAUUGCUAAAUAGAGCUUCUUUACCUCCAAAGCCUUGUGACGUUGAAACCUAUGGCCAGCCAGUUCCCCCCAAGUUCAUGGUAUCACAUCAGACAUCUCCCAAAGCAGCUGAUCGUGAGCCUCUGUAUCAGAUGAUUGCUCCCAAGGUAACAGAGCGAGAGCCUUUGUAUCAAAAGAUUGCACCGAAAGUAAGUGAAUCUUUGUAUUGUACUGCGCCCGUCAAGCCCGAAGAUGAUGAUGGUCCACCGUACACUGUGAUGUCUCCAAAAAUAUGUGAACCACCCCCUCCACCGUAUCAGACGAAACCAAGUGAUUCACGCAGUUUCUUCCCUCCGCCGUCGCCUGAUCCUGCCGACGAGGCCCCUGUAUACCAGGCAGUGACGCCUGAGAUGAUCCAAGACGUCAAAUCCAAUUACCGACUUCUCCAGGCUCGCAAAUUAGAGAAGGAAAUGUUGAAAUUACAGGGUGUCCCCAAGAGGAUAAAGGGAGAUAACGAGUCCAAGUACCAGGCUCUGCCGAAGAGUAAAGAGAAGGAAGGCGAGUCCAAGUACGAGACCCUUCGGAGGGAGAGGCCUAUCCCUCCUCCGGUGCGGUGGAGUCCCGGCGAUGAUGACGGCAUUUACUCCAGCCUGGAGUACCCCAGCGAGGGCCCACGGAGCGAGGGGGCGCUGAGCGACGACAUCUACUCCAGCAUAGAGACAACGGAUGGAGAUCCACUAUAUCAGAGCGUCGGCGAAGCAAAGUAUUCUCGGCCUCAGCCGCCUCUGCCUGCCCCACUUCGGUACCGUCGGAGGGCAGACGAUGCACCUCCGCCCUUGCCUCCCCCUCGCCUGACCACGGGGCCCGUAGGACCUCACAAUCCUCUCAUAUCUCCAGGAUCUAUACCUCCGCCCAUUAUUCCAGAGCGAGGCCCUAUCCUCCCAGGUGCGGGAAUGAGAGCAUCGUACCCAGGGACGACCAGCACCACCCCUAGUCCAGAUAACCUGCUCAUGGUGCAGUCGACGCCCACGUGGCCUCAAACAACCCGGGCCGAAGAGGAAGACGACGUGUACUCGUCCAUCCCUUCCCUUAUUAGCUCCACCCCGGACUCUCCCCCCGCCACGCUUCCUCGCACGGCACCCGUAGGACGCGUAGCCCCGUCGGCGUCCUGGAACUCUCUGGGCUCCUCCUGCAAGUCUUCCCUGGACUCCCUGCGAUCCGACGGCAGCACCAACGUACGUCAACGUAGACGCCGCGCACGCUCGGACCCUCGCAUGGACGCCGGGGUUCUGCAUCGCCUGGCCUUCACCGUGUGGCAUACUGCAUUACACAUCGAGAAAGAGGUCAGGAGCGGCGGCUGA